GUUAGAUUCCGGGAAAUAGACGUGAAUUCCAAAUACGGUAUGGACCGAGGAGCUUAUCUUUAAGCGUAGGCGUUUCAUAAUAACGAGAUUAGAGUUAGAAGAAGUGAAUUUAAAGUCACAAUUAUGUAUUAAUAAAUUCUUUAUGGUGAAUUUAAUGCUUUUGGUGGGAAGCUGCAGCUAAUCGAUUACGAAAAUGAAUAUUGGAGUAUCGUUCACUCUCUUUGUCUUUCUAACUCUUACCUGGGCCGAGGACUAUUAUAAAUUGUUGGGUGUUGAGAGGACUGCCGAUCAACGAGAUAUUAGAAAGGCCUUUAAGAAACUUGCAGUCACCGAGCAUCCAGAUAAGAAAACUGACGAUCCGGAUGCUCAUGUUAAAUUUAUAAAACUGACGACUGCUUACGAAGUUUUGAAAGAUCCCGACUUAAGGAAGAAAUAUGACUUAUACGGGGAGGAUGGUCUCGAUGAUUCUAAAAGCCGCAGGAAUUAUCAUUCGUAUACGUACUAUCAGAAUAAUUUUGGAAUCUACGACGAUGAUCCUCAAAUUGUUACUCUCAAUAUAAACGAUUACUUUGAGAGUGUAACUGCUUCGGAGAAAAUGUGGUUUAUUAAUUUUUAUUCACCACAAUGUAGUCACUGUCAUCAUUUGGCUCCAGUUUGGAGGAAACUUGCUAAAAAACUUGAAGGAGUCAUUAGGAUCGGCGCAGUUAAUUGCGAAGACGAUUGGCACUUGUGCUCCCAAGUUGGAAUACAAUCGUAUCCUACCUUAUUAUAUUAUCCAGUGAAUUCUCAUCAAGGACUGAAAUAUAAAAAUGAGAAAACCUACGAAGCAAUUAUGAAGUUUGUGUUGGAUAAGCUUCAUAUAGACAUACCUGAAAUUAGUAAAUCAGUUUGGACUAGUCUGUUAAAAGGAAAAGGUUUGAAAGAAAAGCCAAUGUUAAUUUUCAUCUGCAAAGAUGUUAAUUACUGUUUUACAUCGGACGAACGAUUAAGAGUUGCUGCUACUUUUGAUAAAAUGAUCCAUGUUAAAGUAUUUGAAUGCAAAGAUAGUAAAUGCCACGAUAUUAUCUCGGACUCGACCACUGCCGUUUAUCUACCAUCUAAGCUUAAUGCUGAUGUUAAGCCUACAUUAAUCAAUGAUAUUGUAGAGGUUGAGGAUUUGGUUAAAAAAAUUUUAGAACAAUUGCCCGAACCACAAGAUAUUAAUGACGAUGAGUAUAAUGAUAUUUUAGGUAAAGUAACAAAGAAAAGUGGUAACGGAUGGCUAUUUUGCUUCUAUAUUGGCCAUGAUACAGACUUGGAUAUCUUACUAAAGCAAUUACCCAGUGUAUUGAAGGACGUAGCAUUAGGCAAAAUUAAUUGUGGACGAUACUCAAAAUUAUGUAAAAAACUGAACAUUAAUCGGUAUCCUACUUGGGCUGUUUUGAAGCCCGGAGGCGCAUUCGAAAUAAGCCACGGGAAGAAUAGAAUGAACGACGUUGCGAAUUUCGCUAAGAAUAGUCUGAAAGCAGAAAACGUUUGGGCACUCUCCGCGGAUAAAGUUCACUCGAUAUUAAACAAAGAAAGCGGCGAAGCCUGGUUUCUCGAUUGGUAUGCACCCUGGUGUCCGCCUUGUUUAAAAUUUCUCCCAGAAGUGCGCAAAGCGUCGUUAGAAUUCGACUCUUCGGUCGUGCAUUUUGGAACUGUUGACUGUACGACCCACUCGGACAUUUGCAAGCGCUACAAUAUCCAAUCCUAUCCAACGGCCACACUCGUCAAUGGCACAAAUACAUUUCACUUUACAACCCAGCGAACGGCCUCGCACAUCAUAGAAUUCAUCAACGAAGCCAUGAACCCAACAGUAUUGCAUCUGACGUCCAAGAGCUUUAAUCAAAAGCUCGGUAAGAAAAGAGCCAAUCACUUGUGGAUAGUGGAUUACUUUGCACCUUGGUGCAAGCCCUGCCAGCAGUUGGCUUCCGAAUGGACGGGAGUGGCAAAAGCACUCAAGCUCCUUUCCUUCGUUAAAGUAGCGAGCGUUGAUUGCGAGGCCGAGAAGUCGAUAUGCUCGGGGCAAAAUGUGCGUAGCUAUCCGACAAUCAGGUUAUAUCCAAUUGGUAGUGAGGGAUUGAAUUCCGUGGUAUUGUAUAGUGGACAGAGAGACACUUCGUCUCUAUUGAAGUUUGUCACACAAUUUUUACCAGUGAAGGUACAAGAGUUGAAUGAGGCGAACUUGGAGAAGGCGGUUUUGAAAACUGACGAUGUAGUGUUGGUCGAUUAUUUCGCGCCCUGGUGCAGUCACUGCAUAAUUUUGGAACCCCAAUUUGCGAUAGCUGCUCAGCUGCUGGAGGGUAAAGUUCGACUGGCAAGGCUAAACUGCGAGCAGUACCACUACCAGUGCAGUCAGGCGGGCAUCCGCGCCUACCCGACCCUCGCCCUCUACACCGGGAAGCGUCGAGGCAGGAGAUUGACGGGUAGCACCCGACUCUCGGCCACUAGAGCCGAGAGCAUCAGAGACGAGGUGCUGGACCUCUUGCCCCGGUGGCACGACGAGCUCUAGCCGCUGGUGCUCCAAGGCUUUAC